AUAUAGAAUUAAACUGUUACAGUUGAGCGUUUAUUGGCUCAUCUUACAGUGACUCAUUCGCUCAGAAUUUACAAUCAAGCCUAUCGGUUUUAUAAUUGGUUCAUUUGCAUCUUCAUUUACUAAAUCAGUUUACUACCUCAGUUUAUAUAAACCUCCACCCGAGAGCCAUCCAGUCACAGGCCGCUGUUGGCUGUGAGCGCGCGCGCACACUCUUGCUUCAUUUGACAAAUAGAAGCUGAGCGCAACAGUAGCCGCCGUUACUGGAGAUCUGAGAGAGCAGCCACAGCGUGUGACAGCAUCGCAGCGACCAUUUGAGGCGAUAAAGACAUGUUCGACAGCUUUAUUUCUCUCGUAGGCUAUUUUUAACGGCUCAUAAUGUGUGUAAAGCUGACGGUUCAGGCAUAAGCCAGGAAUGAAGACGCGUCAGACGCAUCUACUCACUGACUGGGAAUCGCGUUUCGAAGACUAACCUGAGCUUCGGCCGUUUGGACAGAACCGAAUAUAUCCAAGACAGCCGCUUCGGUGGCUCUUUAUACCUGUGAGACACUAUUUUGCUGCCAAUUCCCUUUAUAGAGACGCGUUUUAUCACGCUGUACUGACAGACACGUUUCUCAGUGUGUCCGUCUAGUGCGCUUGAUGCUGUGCAUGCAAAACCUGAGUGAACUUAACAGGUAAACACAGUUUUACUUCAUUCUUGUGUCGAUUGUUGUUUACGUUCGAUAUUAUUUUGCAUAAUGUAGCUAUAAUAGUAUCCUCGCGCAUUCGUAAAGGACGUUUUGAUGAUUUGAUUAAAUGUUGUCUUGAACUAAUAAUGGUAGAUGAGGCUUAUGGAGUUAUCACGGGCUGGAUGGCGUUCCACAUCCGCGCGCUGUCAUCCCUACACCGGGUAAAGUAAACGACACACCGGGAAGAAAGGCUUCGAAACCUGUUAACGUGGAACUGCACUGAAACUUAAAGGAUAAAGGAUGUCUAAAACGCUGAAGAGGAAGAAACACUGGUCCACUAAAGUGCAGGAGUGCGCCGUGUCGUGGGGAAGCGUUGGGGAGUUCGGUGAUGUUGUGGAGAUCCUCGGUGGCGCCGAGCACGGGGAGUUCCCGUUCCUCGGUCAGAUGAACUUGGACGUGCUGGUGUGUCACGUCGGGAGACUACCGUACUACGGGGAUGUGUUAUUGGAAGUGAACGGGACACCUGUCAGUGGGCUGACGAACCGAGACACGCACGCGGUGAUCCGCCACUUUCGGGAGCCGAUUCGAAUUAAGACUGUCAAACCAGGUAAAGUGCUGAACACUGAUUUAAGGCAUUAUCUUAGCCUGCAGUUCCAGAAAGGAUCAAUUGACCACAAACUGCAGCAAGUGAUCCGAGACAACCUUUACCUGCGCACCAUUCCAUGUACCACCCGGUUGCCCAGAGAUGGGGAGGUUCCAGGAGUGGACUAUAAUUUUAUCAGCGUGGGGGAUUUUCGCAUCCUGGAAGAGAGUGGAUUACUGCUGGAGAGCGGAACAUAUGAUGGUAACUUCUAUGGCACUCCCAAACCUCCUGCGGAGCCCAACUUGGUUCAGCCUGACCUGGUCGACCAGGUUCUGUUUGAGGAGGAUUAUGGCUCCGAAGUCCAACGAAAGCGAACCACCUCUGUCAGUAAGAUGGACCGCAAGGACAGCGUGGUCCCUGAGGAGGAAGAGGAUGAGGAACGGCCACAGCUCCCAAAUGGCAUCCCAGAGAGGACAGAGGAGUGGAGGAAAGCUGUGCCCAGCUACACUCAGUCCAGUGGGGGAGGCAGUGCAGGUGGCAGCGGGACACUGGAGCUCCGCACCUGGAGCUCUUUACCCAGAGACGACAGCCUGGAGCCGCUGCCGUACAACUGGGAAAUGGCCUACACAGAGACGGGCAUGGUCUACUUCAUAGACCACAACACAAAGUCGACUACGUGGUUGGACCCUCGUCUGGUCAAAAAAGCCAAGCCCCCUGAAAAGUGUGAGGAUGGAGAACUUCCAUAUGGAUGGGAGGAGAUUGAUGACCCACAGUAUGGCACAUACUACGUUGAUCACGUAAAUCAGAGAACCCAGUUCGAAAAUCCGGUUCUAGAGGCCAAGAGGAAACUCGGUUUAGACACUGCAGUUGCAACACAGACCCAACAGAGGGCAGCACCUCCUCCAGGUGGAGUGGCUGGUACGCCCGGAUUCACACGAGACCCAACCCAGCUGAAGGGGGAGUUGUAUCACACGGCUCUCAGGAAGAGCCAACAGGGGUUUGGUUUCACCAUCAUUGGUGGAGACCGACCUGAUGAGUUCCUGCAGGUGAAGAACGUUCUCUCUGAUGGCCCUGCCGCACAGGACAACAAGAUGGCCUCUGGUGAUGUUAUUGUGGAAAUCAACGGCACACUUGUCUUAGGCAAGACGCAUGCUGACGUGGUCCACAUGUUCCAGUGCAUCCCAAUUAACCAGUACGUGGACAUGGUCCUUUGUCACGGAUACUCACUCCCCCCUGACGUGGAUGCGGACAGCGAGGACCUACCUCCUCCCCCUCCACCUCCGACAGGAGAGAUCGUAACCGCCGUACCCCUCAUCAAUGGCCAGCCGCUGCUGGUCAAAGGUGACGCACUCCACGGCUCCUCCCAAGAGCUUCACUAUGUAACCACAGACGCCAGCGGGCGGCCAGUGGUUGCUGCACUUCCAGGAGGCAGCAUCAGUGCCAAUGAUAGGCCCGAGACGGGGAUGCUGCAACCGGAGCUGGUGAGCGUUCCAAUCGUGAAGGGACCUGGAGGAUUUGGCUUUGCCAUUGCAGACUGUCCACUGGGGCAGAAGGUGAAAAUGAUCCUGGAUGAGCAGUGGUGCCGAGGACUGUUGAAAGGAGAUGUGAUAAAGGAGAUUAACAGGCAGAAUGUGCAAACGCUGAGCCACGCGCAGGUGGUGGAUAUACUGAAGGACCUCCCUGUGGGGAGCGAAGUGAAUCUGUUGGUGUUGAGAGGAGGUCAGACAUCGCCUGUGAAGAGUUUAAGACCUAGACCGGGGAUGAGUGCCAGUACUGAGACUCUGGACCGUUGCCAUGACAUCAUGGUUCCCCAGGCUUUGACCUAUCACUCAAACACACUGCCAUGUAGCUCUCCAAAACAAGACGCUUCCCUCCACUACAGCAAGCCCAAAGCCUUGUCGGAGAGCAUAGUACCUCACUAUAAAGAGUUGGACGUGUUCAUUAAGCGAGAUCAGGACACGGGCUUUGGCUUUCGUGUGCUUGGGGGAGAGGGCGCGGAACAACCAGUCUACAUUGGUGCCAUAAUUCCCCAGGGGGCGGCAGAGAAGGAAGGCCGUCUGAGGGCCGGAGAUGAGCUCAUUGGCAUCGAUGGCAUCAUUGUAAAGGGGAAAUCUCACAAACAAGUUCUGGAUCUGAUGACUAACGCAGCGCGCAACGGACAAGUGCUCCUUUCAGUGCGCAGGAAGGUCAUUUACAGAGAUGCCCCAGUGGAUGUUGGGAGCGGGGCAGUGACACUUGUGAAUGGCUCACCUCGUCUUCCGCGUAUCCAGGUGCCAAGCAUCAAGGACCAGGAGUCAUUUGAUAUCACACUCCAUCGUAAAGAUAAUGAGGGCUUUGGAUUUGUCAUCCUCACCUCAAAGAGCAAACCGCCACCUGGAGUGUGUGUUGCAGUGAUUCCUCAUAAGAUCGGUCGAAUAAUCGAGGGCAGUCCAACUGACCGCUGUGGGUUGUUGAACGUGGGCGACCGCAUAUCCGCUGUGAACAGUCAAUCCAUUGUGGAGCUCUCCCACAACGAAAUUGUUCAGCUUAUCAAAGACGCGGGGAACUCUGUCACACUCACCGUGGUUCCUGAGGACGAGUACAAAGGCCCGCCCUCAGGAGCGAGCUCGGCCAAACAAAGUCCAGCACCGCAGCACAAGAUUCUCAAAUCCACUCAGGAUGAGAGAUAUAAUUUGGAUAUGGAUGAGAUCAGGGAUGAGCUCAUAUGGACGGAGUAUAAAGCUCUUACCAUGAGUGAACAGGGAACAUUGUGUGUCGCCAACUCCAAACAGGGCUGUAUUGCAGUUGAGUUGGAACGCGGUCCUCGUGGUUUUGGCUUUAGCCUGAGAGGAGGAACGGAGUAUAACAUGGGCCUCUACAUCCUGCGGCUGGCUGAGGAUGGCCCCGCUCUACAGGAUGGCAGGAUACACGUAGGAGAUCAGGUAGUGGAGAUCAAUGGAGAACAGACACAAGGCAUCAGUCACACUAGAGCCAUUGAGCUGAUUCAAGCUGGAGGAAACAAAGUGCUGCUGUUACUGCGACCACAAGCCCUCUUAUCAGAGAACAGUUCUGCAGGAGAUGUUAUCCUUACUGAUCUGCCGGGAUCCAACACUUCCAAUAUUCCUCUCGGUUCUCCUCUCCUUCAUCCAUCAUCCACUUCAACAAAGAAGGGAACGCCAGACCUGACAAGCUCCUUUGCUCGUUCUCGGGGAUCCUUGGAUCUGGCCUGCGAGGAUCUUCGCUCUAAAGACAGCAAGAGGGAGAAGAGUGCCAAACCACAAAACACCAGCUCCUCCAGAGUCUCGCAGCAACGGCGCAUCAAGAGUAGGUCCGCAGAGAAUCUCCUUGAUGUGGGAGAUACAGAGAAACCCAAAAGCCCAUCCAAAGCCAAAGACAAAGCUCGCAGCUACAAAGAAAAUCUGAAACAAAGCACUCGAGACUCCCACAAGAACAGAAAGUCCUGCCAACACAGUCGCUCAGUCAGCCCCCAGAAGUCAAUGCGUGAAGGACAGGAAGUGGUAAUUGGCGAAGCGCAGGGACAGAAAGAGGAACGACGUGCAAAGGGGACGCAGAGCAUGGACCAGAGAAAAAGUGAUGCCGAAAGAAGGAAAAAACAGGAAUCUAGAGGAAGGAAGCGAAAUGAGGCCCAAGAACAGGAGGAGAGGUGGAGAGCUGAGAGAAAAGAGAGGAGCAAAGGAGGGGAUGAAGUGGCUGAGCCAGAAGGGGAAGCUAAGCUCAAAAGCACCCAAAAGAAGAAAAAACAGAGAGACAGAGACAUGCAAAUCGGAGACACCCACAUAUCGAGCAGAGAGGGAGAUAGGAAAAGCAGAAAAACAAAGGAUAAGGGAUCUUUGAGGGACCAAAAGGAAGAAAACAAGAAGGAAAUGAUUACAGACAAGAAUGAAAACAAAAGAAAAGGAAAUGAGAUUGAAAACCGGAAUGACGACAUUGUCACCACAGAUGCAGCAGCUUCAGUCACAACCAGGGCGAGUCUAGUGUUUGACCACCCAGGACCCUUAAACGAUGGCCUUUGGAAGAUCCCUAGCUAUGCCCGCAUUCUUACUCACGAGGAAGCGAUGCGAGAUAUUUGUGAGUAGAUGCUUAGGAAUGGAAGGUUUAAGACCAGAAACAUAUGUAUGUACGUGAACACAAACACUUCUAGCUAAGAUUUCACACAUUGUUGUUCCUGCACUUUAACAGGAAUUAACGCAAAUUAUCUACUGUCAUGGCAGAGCAACUUUUGGAAGAGAAUCUGGCUGAGAAAGUUUGUAAACUUUCGACAUGUUUAUAGCUAGCUACCUGAAUUACAACACAUCUGGUUUAUUGGCACUGUUGCUGUUAUUGACAUUAGUACAAGACUAAACAUCUUGUACUCAGGGGGUGCGAUAGAGUUUUCCUUAUACGUCUAUAGCGUCAUAGGCGUUUCAAGCACUUGCAUACUUGUGCAGAAGGUUAUACCCUAACUUUUCUUAACGUGUUGCCUACACUGUAAAAAAUCAAAAGCUGAGAAAACUCAAAAACGUAUGCAGGAAUUCAGGAUGUUUUUGAGUAUACACAGUUUGUGGAAAAUCUCUAAAAUUAUCCGAUAAUUGAAAUCAUGCAUCCAUAGAAAGCAAAAGCAAAUGUUGGUCAGUGACAUGGUUCUGUCCAUCAAAUUUUGAUUGGAUGGAGGCAGAUCUGAAUGGGAGCAUGCGGUCGAUGAAUUGUUCACAGUAAACAGUGACUUUUCAUUUCAUGCCAACUUUAAGCUGUUGACUUGUGUAAGGGACCGUUUACACGACAGUUUUCAACUAAAAAAAAACGUUUUAUGCAUUUUGGCCGUUCAUUUACACAACAACGGUGUUUUGGGGGCCUGAAAACGCAAACUUUUGAAAAUGUGGUUUUUGAAAACAAUAACGUUAUCAUCUCUGUGUAAAUUACAAAAAAGCCAAUUUGUGCAAACAGUGACGUUAUGCGCAUGCGUAUUAUGUGUUCAGUCUAAAGGAGCAUAGUGUUUCUUUAAAAAGUGACAUCGCCACCUACUGGCCUGGCAUGAAUAAUACAGCAUUUUUAGUCAUUUUCGCAGAUCCGUAUGAACACAAUGGUGUCCUUUGUACCUUCUGUACGCAAAAAAAAAAUGCAAAGGAAAAACUUUUCAGUUUUUAGUACAUCAUAUUUGUGUAAACUUAUCCUAAAGCUAACUAUCUGAGUAAUAAACAAUCUGGUUUAAAGGCACAGACAUUCCAAGGUCUUAUCUUUAUCACCUGGUUGAUAGAGAGGUUUGUAACCAUGUACCUUCAGUGCAUAGGCCAAGCAUUCACACGUUUGUUCACGUACUUUCCAUGAGUAUGUUUUUGGCCUUACACCUUGUUUUUCUCCAUCCAGGCUCAUGACUGCUUAGCUUAUGAUGUUAACCAUGUUCAUAUCCUUCUCUUUGGACAGUGGUCAGCAUGAGCUUCUCAUUGAAACAAUUUAUAAAUGUUUGUAAUCUGUCUCGCCGUUACACAAACAGACUGAUUCGGCUUGAGAUUUCAUCCAAACUGCUUUAUGGAGAUCAAUGCUUAAUCGUCUUGGACAGACAAUUUCUGAGGCUUUGUGGUCAAACGCAUGGAGCUCCAUUUUAAUUUCCUUCAAGCCAGCGGACAUUAAACAACACAAGGACUCUCUCGACAUCACAAUGCAAUCCUUCCUUAUGCAAUUUAAGAGAACACGCCCCAUCAAUCACCAAAACAACAAUGCAAGUUUAUGUUUCGGUCAAAAACAGCACGUCCUUACCCCAAAGAAUCUUUUUUUUUUUUUUUUUUUUUUUCCUGCAUGCAA